CCCUUCUGUAUCUUGCCAACGAAAGAUCCAAGCAUCUCCAAAACAAGCUAUGGCUAUUUAUACAGGUAAAGUGGAGGAAGCCAUGAAAUUUCCUGAAACCAAGCCAGUCUGUGGAGUGGAGCCAUGUGUAGGGCGUAUGGGUAUGCAUAGCAUUCAAUGACGCUUGACGAGUCAGUCUCUCUCUUAAAACGCUGAGCAGAUCUGACCAUCGACUUUUAGAGGGAGAGCCUAUAAUUUGUUGUCCUUGUCUCGCUGUUCAGUUGAUUCAAUCCAUUCGGUUUUCGGAAAAAAUUGACGGUUGAUACGGCAAGAUUUUUUUUCCCCUCAAGACCCGGUCGCCCUUUGCUAAUAUUAUUUAUUGAUCUUACAGCACUUUCUGACAAUAAGCAUAUUUUAGAUGUUGUCGGAUGGAAGUUUCUGAAACGCGAAAGAAGUUAAAGAACUUCACAAUAGAUUGCAAUGUGUGUUUAAGGGCUGAUGAUUUCUUGUCUGUUGGGGGCUAUUCCAUUUAAGGUGAAGAUUCCUUUUUAGGGGUAAACGAUGACGGCGGAGCCCAAAUUACUAACACGUGAACGUUUGGCACCGUUGUUGGUAAGAAGUUUGUGUAGGAACCAAGAAUUCAGCUUAGGUGUUCGAAGGGAGCAUACCUUUCCCGUGAUAUUCGCGGAGAAUUCAAAUAUAAUAAUAAAGCGAGAUGAUCUACAUCAUAAUGUCAACCUUAGAUCAAUUAUGGUUGAGUGCUAGAAUAACCAAUUGAUGUGAUCAACUGGACUCAUCAUACAUUGUACUAGCAGGAUACAUGCACGUACCUUAGCCGCCUAGAACCAUAUUGUGCCCCGGCUGCUGUUUUGUCACUCUAAAAGAGGUCCCUUUUUUUCUUGGGUUUUGGGAGAGGUGGGUCAUGAGUUACUAUCAUCAUUAACUGAACAGUCCAGAAUUCGAAGUUCAACUUCGACCAUCAAUCAAAAAAGGUAGUGCAUUAUACACAGCACAUUCGAUACUCGGGAGGAAAAUGAAGGCCCAAGUUACAUUGGGCUUUAGCCCAUAUGAAACUAGAAGAAGAGGGUCUCGGGACGUCGGGUCUGGCUUGACGCUAGUCUGAAUGAGACGGAAAUGGGGGAGAAGAGAUUCUUGUUAAGACUGUUCAUAUCGGUGAAGCACAUAACGGCAAACGUCAUGGACGAGAGCAACGGUAGAAUAGUGGCGACGGCAUCGACGGUGGAGCACGCGAUCAAGGACGCUUUUGACCCCAGGGCGUCGGCUUCGGCGAUCGGAGAGGUGCUGGCGAUGCGGCUGAAGGCGGAAGGGCUAGGAAGUGGGGCCCGCAUCGACGCUGCGAAGGAGAUCGAGAAUAAGGAGCUCCACACCUGUCCCAAGGCACGGGCCAUCGUUAACGCCAUGAGGAGCCGGGGGCUCCACAUUGUUCUUCCCCAUCACGAUGGCUCCUCGCCUUAGAUCUUAUUUUGGGCUUUAUCUUUGGGCCUGCCACUGUGAUUUGGGCUUUUCUGAUCAUUUCAACCCAGGUACAGACUUGACAGGUUUUGUCUAAUCUUGUUAUGGAUCUAAACAAAGCCCAUUACUUGCUAGUCUGCUCU